CGUAUGAUGACUAAGCAUCGCCGUCACAUGCAUGAGAUAAACAGAACUUCAACACCAGCUAUUAUUACUCAACACUAAUGGCCAUCAACCACUCGGCAUCAAUGGAAAGCAAGUCCCUUUUUUCCCGUGGCAUCUCUGGAGUUACCCCAGAUUCUACCGCGUACCAGAAGUCGAUUCCCGCGGGCAAUUCUUAACCGACCGUUGACGGUACACCCCACAGUCAUGCCGAGGCUCAAGCACCCAAUCAGGAAAUGUAAUCCUCCUCCAAGAUUGUUGGGACGCAGCACAGCCAGUUUACUCCCCAGAUUCAUGUUGAACGACCCCCGAUAGAGCCGCAGGAUUCGAAUAGACAAAUAGCACUUCUUCCGUCUCUGAUUCUUUUAUCCAAAUCUUUCUACUCAGACUCAUUCCGUCUGCUUUUCUUCUCCUACUGCCUCUCAGCAACAAUCGCGUCGCAAUCAUGUCUGUCCCCGAAUCCAAAUACCUGAGCGCCGUAUGGCGAGACGACAUCUUUAAGGGCAAGGUCGUCUUCGUCACCGGCGGCGCGGGAACUAUUUGCAGCAUGCAGACCAGAGCCUUGGUUCGGCUCGGCGCAAACGCCUUCAUCUUGGGCCGAAACGUUCAAAAGACAGAGGCCGCAGCGAAAGACAUCGCGACGGCUCGGCCGGGCGCCAAGGUUAUUGGCCUUGGAGGAUGCGACGUGCGCAAGGUCGAGAGUCUCGAAGCCGCGGCGGCGCAAUGUGUCAAGGAGCUUGGAGGCAUUGACUAUGUGAUUGCUGGCGCAGCAGGUAACUUUGUCGCCCCGAUCGACGGCAUCAGCUCCAACGCUUUCAAGACGGUCAUGGACAUUGACGUCCUCGGCACCUACAACACCAUCAAGGCCACCAUUCCUCACCUCCUCCGCAGCUCGACCCCUCGUUUCAUUGCCGUCUCCGCGACGUUCCACUACACCGGCAUGCCCUACCAGGCCCACGUUGCGGCCGCCAAAGCCUCGGUGGACUCUUUGAUAGCCAGCAUCACGCUCGAGUACGGCCCCCGCGGCGUCGUCGCCAACGUCAUCGCGCCAGGUCCCAUCGCCGAUACGGAGGGUAUGGCUCGUCUGGCGAGCAGCAAGCCCGAGGAGAUUGAAGCGUUUACAAAGACGGUUCCCUCUGGCCGAUUCGGUACCGUAAAGGAUAUCGCAGAUGCGACGGUGUUUUUGUUCAGUGAUGCCGGAAGCUACGUCAACGGCCAGAUCAUUCCUGUUGACGGCGGAUCAUGGAGACGGCAGGGAGCCUAUACCGUUGGCGUGGAUAUGAAUGUGCAAUAUCCUGAUUUCCUCAAGACAGGCCAAACGUCUGAAGGCCUCAAGGGAGGAAAGAAGGACAAGUCCAAGCUUUGAGGAGAGCGAGCUUGGCAAGAGAAGAGAAGGAAUAUAGCAUGCUUAGAAGAGGAGGGAGAAGGGAUGAAAUAGGGCGACAAGGAGCCUUGUAAACGUGCUGUCUAUCCGACUCCUGUUUUUGCACUGGAGUUGAAGGAAGCGCAGCAUUCAAGCUAUCAUUGGAAUUUCCGGAGCGCAAUGUUUAAUGGCGUAGGUAUAUACAAGUUAGACUAAUACACCAAGUCUAUUUCCAUGUGUGUAUUACUUGAGGGAAGUGGCUGUUUGAUACCAGCAACUCUAUUCUAAAAUC